UCUUCUAUUUAUUUCUCCCCUUUCAACUAAAUUUUCUCUCUUCAACAAAAUCUUACAAUCAUAAUUUUUUUUUUGUAAUUUGGUCUUGAUAUCAUCAUGGUUAUAAGAGAUGAUCAUGAAGGCCUAUAUGGUCUUGAUCAUCAACGCUUAUAUGGUGUUGAUCAUCAAAGCUCUGAAUCUCAUCAAAGCUCUGAAUCUAUGAAUGAUGAUGUGAACGGCCGCCUAAAAUUCCGGAGAAUGAGUUCAGAAUCUGAUGAAGACGGUCUCUCAAAAAUGUUUCGAACAUCGCCAGAAUCCAACUCUCAGGAUACAGAACUUAUUGGUCUAACACUAAGCAAGACACCAUCUUUCGUGAACUUAUUAGAAUCAGAACUUUCACAGGUGAAAAUGAGGAAGAACAGCAACGGCUCUACACGCCGGGUAGGAAGACCAUCAAAUUCUUUCCGCAAUAAGACAAACAUGGAAGAUUUUGCUAUCGUUUCUGAAAAAUUAAAGGCUUCAAAUUUUCCUGCUAUCAAAUUGACCGUUGGUGGUUGGGAGAGAGUUUCGAAGCAUGAAGGUGAUCUGAUAGCGAAAUGCUAUUACGCGAAGCGAAAAUUAGUUUGGGAACUUCUAGAUGGGCCUCUUAAGAGCAAAAUUGAAAUUCAAUGGUCAGAUAUCAUCGCUAUUAGAGCCAUCAUGCCACAAGGCGAACAACCAGGAGUUCUUGAGAUUGAGUUGAAUGAACCACCUACGUUUCAUCGCGAAUCAAAUCCUCAACCUCGAAAGCACACAUUGUGGCAUCAGACUUCUGAUUUUACUGGAGGUCAAGCUCCUAUUCACAGGAGGCAUUGUGUUAGAUUUGCUCCAGGAGUACUUGACAAGCACUAUGAGAAGCUGCUACGUUGUGAUGCAAGGCUGAAUGAACUAAGCAAAAAACCUUUCCCUAGCCAAUUAUGUCCUUUUUUUGAACAACCAGAUUAUAAUGAUCAGGUUUCUGAUUUCUCAAUUGGCAAUGACUAUGGAUCACAAAUUUUUCUCAAUAUGCAUUAUCCUUUACAUUUGUUGCCUUCUUCUUCGUCUUCCGCAUUACUCCCUAAUGUUCGUGAACCUCUUCGACAAUUCAGUUCAAGUUAUCCCGUAGCAGGUGAGAGUAUGAAUGGGCUUUGGGGUGGCCAAGCAUCAAACAACAUGGUGAAUGUUGCAAUGGGAAAUCAAACUAUUGGAAUGUUGCCCGGGGGUUCAACACCAGAACAAGUUGAUUGGUAUACUACAGCCCAGGACGAUCAAGCAAUGUAUCUGGAAAAUGAGUCGAUAGGAAAUGGUCAAGUGAAUCACACAGUGGUAAACAAUAUAAAGAACUAUUUGCUGGAGGAAAAUCAAGUGACAUCCUACAACGAACCAGCAUUUCCCUACUCAUUGGCGGAGCAGCAUGAAAAUAGAAGCCCUGUUGCUGCUACAGGUGUUGUACAUGGCCUAAACCCCAGUUAUGGUCAGAUGCCGAACAACAAUUAUGCUGCACCAAACUAUGAAAUGGCGUAUAUGCAGCCAAAUACUAAUUGGAUGUUUCCUCAACAAACAAAUGAUCAAUUUUCUGCCAAUUAUGCUACUGCUAGAGGAGGAUAUCCAACUCAAGAUGGGAACCAAGAAGCGCAAUCAGGACGGAAAACAAUAAACUAGGGGUUCAAUUAGCUAAUAAUGACAUAAGAUCUUGUUUAAUGUUAUUUCUUGUUGCAAGUACCUUUUUAUUUCCCUGCCAGUAAGUAGAGAACUUUCUACCUUAUCUUUCUUUUAGCCUAAUGUAUGUGUUGAUCGAUGCAAAUUAGCUUAUGUAUGUUUUAAUCGAUGCAAUCGAUGCAAAUGCUUUAGAUUAAAUGUAAACAACGUUUUAUCUAA